AUGACGGAUAUGAUAAAUGGCUACAUACUGUAUCGAUUAAUGGUUGAUAGAAACAACAAAGGUACACAUCCACGACGACACAGUUUAAUGCCUAUUUCGGAGGGGCAAAAAACUUAUCUUUCUCAAUUACCAAGCAAAUCACUCUUCGAACCAUUCUGUUUGCCAAUAAUCCAACACGUACCAAUCAAGCAAAGGCUAAGUUCUACCGAACAUAAUGGCUCAAAUGCUGAUACAUGCAGUGAUUCGGAUCAAACAUUGGUCCUUUCUUCUAAUUCAUACCUAUAUCGCCGUCGACGAAUGUCAUUGCUGCAAACGUUAAGAUAUCAAAAUAGAUUACUAGCAGAUAGUGGAGUUCAAUGUCGCAGUCAGCAAUCGGAUCGAGGCAGUGAAGCAGCAAGAGGACAUCACUCACCACAUUCGUCUUCAGAAUCAAAGGACCCACGAAGGAACUCUUCUAUCAUUAAGCUGAAAAAUAAGACAUUUGCAUUUUUCGGAAAGCGUUCAUCCAAACGACGACAAAAUGGCGACGAGCAAAUUUCCAGUAACGGUUGUACAAAGUAUUGUCCAAGCAAUGAAAAUGAUCAACCCAUUUAUUCUUCCAUCCAUUUAAAUGCAAAAGAAGCUCGACAUGGCAAAUCACCUUCAACGAAUGACAGUGGUCAUGAAAGUCAAGGACGAAUUGUUACCGAUGAGGAAUAUCAGGUUGAUGAAACUGGUGAACGUAUUAGUAAGCAGCAAGAAACGGUGGCUGUAAUUGAACAAACAUCGGAAAUUCAUUCCGGAACAAGAAUAAGGGUAGUAGGUCAACACGAGUGUUCAAAUUUAACAAGAAGCCUAUCAUGUCCUCAACUUGGUUUGAAUUUGCUAAUUUGUCAUGAAAUUUGUCGUCGAGCGAUGUCAAAUCGUCAAGAAUUCAUAUUAAUAGAUGACACGGAUAGUGAGGACGAUAUUGAAGAUAUCGAAGCCUUUAUCCCCGUCAUUCAGAAACCAUUUGUUGCUGAUAAGAAUCAAUUGAAAGAGGAUGCAAAUGACAGCACUCCGACAAAAUCAUUGCAAAGUAGCAGUUGUGAAACAGCAGAAUGUAUCAUUGAAAAGGAUGAGUUCAGAUAUGCGACGAAAUUGCAUCGAGAUUGCAGUUUACUUGAAACUCAAGAAAACAGUGCCUGCAAAGAAUUCCCUUUUGCACAACAACAACAUCUACGAAUCAGCGAAAAAUUACAACAUCUGAGAUUAUCAAACGGUUAUGUAACUGGACAAAUGGCAUAUAUUUCAUCGAGAUCUGGCAAAAAUUCACCAAUAUCACGUAUUUCUACGGAAACUGAGAAACAAGACGAUGAAGAAGAGGAAAAGAGAAGUUCGUCGACGGAUGCUUUCUUGCGAAAUGAAAUGGGAAAAGAAAUACUUGAUUGUUAUCCAGAACUGGAUUCACUUCCUUCCUUCUAUUCGGAUGAUGAAGAGGAUGAUGAUAAUUUGUCAUCGUUGAUGCUUGAUCAUUAUCUGCCACCGAAAUACAGUUUCUCGAGCGAUUGGAAGAACAGUAGCCAUCGGUCAUCCUCUUUAUCAUCGCUUGUCACACAUUCGGAUACCGAUUAUACAUUGUCAUCCGUGGAGCGACAGCGAAGCAACAAAGUUGGAAUUGUAACUCAAACGGAUCUAAGUCUAGUCCACAUCAGUGAUCAGCUUAGCUCUUAUCUCAAUGGCCUUACACUUGACAGCAAUAUCCAAGAUGCAACUUUUUUCACAUAUCAGGGAAUGAAUUUCUUAGCGAAACAUUUUUUCGAGUAUCAGUCAUUGAAUAAUCGACCACAUUAUGGUGUGCAAUUACACAAAGUGCCACCUUCACAGGCUGGUGCUGAUCAAUCGGCAUCUUGGGCUCCAAAAUCGAUGAUCAAUGCGGGCAAGAAUCAGGCUGCACCUGCAGCUCGUGCUAAUCGUACUAACACUGAAUUGAAGCUUGGAGUACAUCGAUUUGGACGGGCAGCCAGACAUGAAUUUCGAGAAUGGGGUGAUAAACAUGGAGAGCUAAAAGGUGAAAAACUAGCACCACAUAAGGAUCCUCUAACGAAAUUCUUGUCAAAUGAAGAAAAUACACCACGGAAUUUGUUUGAUUGCGAAUUUGAGGAACAGAUUUUCCAAACGGAACCGGAAACUCUACCGGAAGUGCUAGCAAGAAAUAAUAAAGCGGAUGAAAUUGAUUUGUCGCUCUCCUGUGCUGAUACAACUCCUGGCACAAAGUAUGAAACAGAAGUGCUAACCAUCCUAACAUAUGCACCAAAUGUACAAUUCGUAACAGCCACUGUCAAAAAGGCCAAGUUGUUACCUUUUAAUAACAAACCGUUUGCUCGGGUAAUGUUGUUCGAUAAGCGCCGUCUGUUGGAGCAGAAACAAACAACGGUGACACCAACGUCUAUUUGUAAUAGAUGCCUCACUACUGAUUGCACACAAAAGCCAUCCACAUCAAGUCCUCCGUUGUCUUCUCCCUCAGCUGGUUGUUCUGAUACAACGCUUAUAAUACGACCGACGGAUGCCAUCUUUUCGGAGUCCUUUUUGUUUCAUGUCACUCCACAAAUGCUUGAUAGAUGUCAUAUUGUCAUCGAAAUGUUCGAUACUGAUCCGGCUGAUUGUAAUAAUGGGCCGAUUCCAAUUGGACAUUGCGUGAUUGGGCCGAUGUGUCCAGGAGCCGGAUAUGUUCACUGGUUACAAAUGAUCCGGAAGACUGGAUUACCUAUUUGUAUGUGGCAUCGCUUAUUCAAGAAUUAAUGAGGGUUGUACUAAUGAAUCUAAAGUUUUACAAAUCAUAAAAUCUUCUACAGGAUGGGUUGUAUUCAUUUUUCACUUUCUUAAUUGUAUUUACAUUACUCAUUGUAACAUACAUUCCACUUUGUGUUUUUGUUUAUAUACCUGAAAUGCUCAUAACUUAUCAAACUUUAUGCAUCACUUUAAUCUCAUCACUAUAACAAUGUUC